AUGAACACGCUAUCGCGUAUAUCACCCCCCUCUAUCCAGUGUUGCGACCGCUGCAGUACACUUUUGAACAACCCGGAACAAAUUCCUCAACAGCUUGAAAUACGUGCUACUAUGCAAGACUGUCAGGUCUGUACACUACUGCGUCGUCAAACGUGUCGUGACGGGCGCAGCGAAGAUAAAGCAGUUGUUAGGAUAGUGCGACGAGGCGCAGUACUACAAGAAAGCGUAACAGGCGCCCGGCUUCUGCGGCUCUGUUGUAAUACAGACCUGAAUCAAGAUCCGAGGUUCCCACUUGGUCUGCCCAUUCGGCCGGCGGCUCAAGGCUCUGUGGAUUUUGGGCUGCUUCGCGCAUGGCUUAGUUGGUGCAACAACAACCACGAUUGCAACACGCACCAAUUCGAAGGUGAUAUCCCGUUGCCAACACGACUUCUCUAUGUCGGCGCCAAAGACGACCCAAGCACUGAUUCAAGUGUCGUGCGCCUCGUUCCUGGCUCGCAAGUCAAUGACAGGAAAUACGUCGCCUUAUCGCAUCGAUGGGGCAAGCUCGAAGACGAAGAGAAAAAGAUGUUCUGUACAUCCCAGGACAACAUCAAUCAACGACUAAGAGGAUUCAAUCUAUCUAGUCUUCCAAAGACUUUCCAGGAUGCUGUUAACGCGACUCGCCAGCUGCGCAUUCCGUAUCUGUGGAUCGAUUCUCUCUGUAUCAUCCAAUCUGGGGAUAACGGCAAAGAUUGGAUAAGCGAAUCUCGUCGAAUGGAAACUGUCUUUUCGGAAGCAUAUUGCGUUCUUGCUGCAACUUCGGCUACCGACUGUAAGACAGGCUUUCUUAAGCGAAUCAUGACUACUGAGUCCGUCCAUGUCCAUAAUGCUGCGGGCAAGCAGUUUUAUGUCAGUACAGAUAUUGAUGAUUUCGACACGGAUGUAAGGGAUGCGGAGCUCAACAAGAGAGCAUGGGUGAUGCAGGAAGGUGUGCUAGCACGGCGAACGAUCCAUUUCUCCGCCAAACAUACUUACUUUGAAUGUGGUACGGGAGUUUAUUGCGAGAACCUCAUAAAGCUAGAAUUCCCAUUCAGGAGGAAGUACUUCACGCUCGACCCUAGGUUUCCAAGCCGGCUCCUUAAUUCAGGUCGCGAACGUACUAUGGAUUUCCUUUACUUUCUUAUUAAAGACUACUCAGAGCGUAAGCUCUCAUAUAAAACAGAUAAAUGUGUCGCAAUGUCUGGAUUGCAGGAUCGUAUUGCUCAAGCAAUACCGUGCGAGGGUAGAUAUGGUGUUUUUGAGAAGUACCUACAUCGGAACCUCCUUUGGCAUGCGUCCGAUGCCAAGCUAGAGAAGAUCGAGUACGAGGGCUAUGUACCAUCGUGGUCAUGGAUGGCUUACGACGGAGUCAUUUGCUUCCUGGACGAAAAGGAGAUACCUUACGGCGAUAUACAACUGCUUACAAGCCUUCGGUUUGAUCAGGAUUGUGAUUGUGGACAUGCAUUGGUCGCCGAUGUAGGAAAGUUCCAGAACUGCACGAUGCAAUCGGAUGGGAACCGUUAUGCCGUUUUUGACCUCUCUAAGACAAAGAGAGGAUGGAUCCGUUAUGAUGUCGAGGACGGAAAGAACCUUCUUGAGGAACACUGUGUUGUUGUAGGGAGCACGCUAGACACCGAGACCUACUACAUCCUUGUUACUAGACCAACUAGUGUAGAGGGCGAGUAUGAGCGGAUUGGGAUUGGGCUGGUGUCGAAGAACUGCGUCGUGAGAGAACAGGCUAAUGUGCGAGUAGUAUGA